UGGGCAGAGAAGUUGGAUGACAUUGUUACCCACAUUAUUGCUGACAGCGACUUGACGUAUCAGGAUGUUCUGAAACACCUGGGUCCAGAAAGUCUUUUGGUGAGUUCAUAUAACCAUGACAUCCAGUGCUAUACUGACUUCUACCAAGGCCAAGGUCGCUAUUGUUAACGACACAUACAUUCCCGAAUGUCUCGGCUUCCGCGAAGUCUUGGACCCGACUCGGUCGCGAUUUCGUGUGAAAGGUAUCCCUGUUCCCUCCGAGGCCAAAGAAGCGCCGCCUGCGAACGAUACCCCGUCGAUCGGAUCACUGCCGAUAAAGGCAACUGGGAAAGGGAAAUUUCGUGAAAUUGAGACGCAACGUUCGGAAGAUGAGGACACCGAUUAUCUGUCUGAGCCGCCGAUCAACGAACUCAGAGAAGACUCCCCAGUUGCUCCCGCACGGAAUCGGGAACGCGAUGCUUUGGAUGACCUGGUGGAGGAGGCCAAGGCCUUGAAGAAUUUGGUAGGUUACUCCACAGGAUGAAUCUGCAAAUUUAUUGAUUAACAUGGUGAUCUAGCCCCUGGAAAUGGAUUCGGAUGAGGAAAAUGCAGCCGAGGCAUCCGAUAGCGAG